AAAUGAGUACGUAGAUCCUCACAUGCAGUGAACUCAGAGAAUGCUAAUGGGGUAUCUGCGUCUUUUUGUUCUCAGAGGCUUAUGCCAGAAUAGGGAAAGCCUUUUAUUCUACCACUCUCUCGGAGUCAGAAGAAGGGGGCUUUCUGAAGAGUUACUUUAAAUUGAAACUCUCUUCUAAUGUUAGUCUGCUGACCGUCUUGGGUCUCUUGAGUUAGAAACUGCUUCAGCUUAGUUAAUAGAGCCAGAUGUAACAUUGACCUUAAAUGGUAAAAGCUCCCAAGAGUGAGAGAGAGGCUCGCCUGAGGGGAAAAAGAGGAAUAACUCAGUUUUAGGAGGGUCCUGCUUACUGUGUUCAAUCCAAAAGCCCAUUGCCAUUUCAUUAUCCCUUCUUCACCUACAAUACUGGGCAUUAUCCUGACCAUGGCAGUUCCAGACUUCAGACUCCACUGUUAGAGCAUUUGAGGUCAGCUGUCAGACUAGCAGUGGAGAUGGAGUAAAGCAUCUUUAUUCUAAACCCUUGCUAACACAGUUUUCAGCUGUGACUCAGACAGAGAGGCUACCAUGCCAACCGUACCUGAAGACGAGGGACAGCCACCAGAAGCACAACGCACCAGUUCUCCUCCAAUCAAAGAUGCUACUAUUGAGGGGACAACAUGUAGUACACCUUCUAUUGUUCUUCCAGAGAAUGCUGUAACGCCAGAUGUAGAAAUUGAUAAAAAUCUGGUUAACAGACCUCGUAGUCCUCAUCUGAGACAUUCUAACCGACACACUAGGACUUCCGUUAGUUCGUUGACUUCUGUUGACAAUACAGGUCAGGUGAUUGAUCUGGUAAAUGGCCAACUGCCAGAUGUCAAAAUCUCAGAUGAAGAUAAAAAGAAGAAUCUUGAGUUACUAGAAGAAGCAAAGAGAGUGAGUGAGAGGUUCCUAAUGCGCAGAGGCAGAAAAUCAAGAAGCAGUCUUCCAGAGUCUCCCACAGCUGUUUCUCCUACACUUAGUCCAAGAGUUUCACCUGUACCAUCUCAGAACAACUCUCUCACUCUUCCAAUCCCAACAGGGUCUGAUGUAUGUACAGCCACGGGUGCUGGGUCAGUGUCUCCACUGCAGAAUGUCACAAAAGGUUUAACCGAUCGAAAGCAGAAUGAUCAGAGGAAGGUUUCUCAGGGAAGGUUGGUUCCUCGUUCCACUAGUUUUGAAAACUCCAAAGAGAAACUCUCUGCACAAAAAGAAAACUUUGAUCCACUUACACAUAUGGAUAAUUUACCCAAAUCCUCUCCUUCAGGCAGUGAUGCUGGCAAAACUUCUCUUAACACAAGCACAAACAGCUGUGAAAAUGAACAUGGAAAACCAUUACUUAAGAAAUCAAAAGAAAACGACUUUCCUUUAAGAAUGUAUCGACAAGGACCAGGCAUAGGUACUAUGGACCCAAAAUUUAAAAGUUCUGUCCCAGAACUGAUGGACCCUAAAGUUACCUGUAAAACAGAACUUAAAGCAUCUGGAACACGCCCUCCUCUAGUACGAGCUGUAUCAUGGGAUAGCAUAGAACCUGGACAUCAAGAAAAGGCACCUUUUAAAUUACCACCUGAAGAAGAUAAAAGCUUUGCCAUUAGUAAUAAAUCCAGCAAUCAGUUGACUAAAACAUUAACGUUCAAAGAUCUCCAAAUACAAGUUCAACCAGUUCGAAUGCAGAAAUUGACAAAGCUCAGAGAGGAGCAUAUUCUGAUGCGAAAUCAAAACUUAGUUGGACUUAAACUGCCUGAACUCAGUGAAGCAGCUGAACAGGAAAGAGGGCCUUCACCUAUACCUUGCACCGCUGAAGAAGAGGAGUCAAAGAAUAGCUCUGAUGUCAUGCCUAAUAUUCCUGAUGUACUGCUACGAAAACUCCGUGUGCAUAAAUCUCUGCCAGGAAGCUCUCCUCCACUUACUGAAAAAGAAGUUGAGACUGUGUUUGUACAACUUUCCUUGGCCUUCAGAAAUGAUAGUUACACCUUGGAAUCUAGAAUUAACCAGGCGGAGAGGGAGAGAAAUCUUACUGAGGAGAACACUGAAAAGGAACUGGACAACUUUAAAGCAGCCAUUAUGUCUUCAGCUGCCUUAUGGCAUCACUAUGAACACAGAGAAACUUGCCAGAAGCUGUUGGAGGAUAUUGCUGUACUACAUCGUUUGGCUGCUAGACUCUCCAGUCGUGCUGAAAUGGUUGGAGCUGUUCGCCAGGAGAAACGUAUGUCAAAGGCCACAGAAGUAAUGAUGCAGUAUGUGGAGAAUUUGAAGAGAACAUAUGAAAAGGAUCAUGCUGAGCUAAUGGAGUUUAAGAAACUGGCCAAUCAGAAUUCUAGCAGAAGUUACAGUGCAUCUGAAGAUGGAGUGCCUCGUUCAUCUAGAUCCAUGUCUCUUACUGUUGGAAAGAAUAUGCCUCGGAGGAGAGUCAGUGUUGCUGUUGUUCCUAAGUUUAACUCAUUACACAUUCCUGGACAGUCACCUACUACGUCACCCAUACCUUCAAUGCCAUCCCUGUCUGAAUCACCCAACGGAAGAAGCAGUCUGACAUGUACUCCUGCCCUACCAGCCCUUCUAGAGAAUGGAAAGUCAAAUGGAGAGCAUGACCGUGAAUCACUUGCUUCUCUGCUGACACAGAGCUGUUCAGAGGAGAUCAACCCUGAGACAAAAGCCAAGAUAGAAGAGGAAGCUUAUAACAAAGGUUAUCAGGAAGGCUUAAAGAAAACCAAAGAACUUCAUGAGCUGAAAGAGGACGAUGAAGAGAAAACAAAUGAAAUCCCUGAUGAGCAUGAAGAGGGUGAAAGUGAAGAGAUAAAUAACAUGAAAAACAGCAAACUUGAAGUUGUUAUUAAUUAUUUACAUAUACUGUACCCAAAACUGUGUAAACACUGGAAUGUGGUCUGGAUUGUAGCAGCUGCGAUAAUCAUUUUUGCUGCGCUGUUGGGGAUCUACCAUUCAUACAACUCCUGUGUUGAAUUAUCAGAUGGACCCGAGGGGAAAGCCACCUGUUCUGCUGUCCAGCAAUACUCCUGGUGGAACUCAGGACUUCAGCAUGAGCAAGGCACAGAAUAAUAAACAAAUUAUAAAAUAUUUACGGUACAUCAGUAAGCACACACUUUAAAACACGGUUAUUAAAGCAAGGUAGCACUUUGUCAUUUUCCUGUUGCUAAAUAUGAUCAGUAAGCCACACUAGUUAUUCUAUGCCAUCAGGCGUGGGAAUGGAUUGUGAUUUACCUAGUGAAAUUGACCAUCUGAUAAAUACUUCUGUCUUUUUGUCUUGAUAAUUGUAUCUGACUGAUAUGACUUCAUACAAAUAAAGUCACAUUUAAAUCACACCAAGGUUGUGACAGUCACCAGCAAUAGCCAGGAUAUUCAGAGGGAAGACUGAUACAUUAGACCUUAAUUCAUGCACUUUUGAGGAAAGCCAUAAAAGCUACCAGUUAGAGAGUAUUUGCUUUAACUUUGCAUUUCUUGGCUUUUAUUGACUGAUGUCAUAACUUUCACAGCAGUUAUACAUAGGAUUUUUUUUAAAAUGUAAUGUCCUUGUUUAGAAUGAGUGGGUGGGAAAGAAAGGCCUUCUGCUGAAGAUUAAAAAUAUUAUACAAGGCCAAAUUUAUCCUUGGUGUAUUUCCAUAAUAUGAGUUACACCAAGGAUGAGGUUGGUCCAAUAAUCAUACAACAAUGCAAAAUGGAAUGCUGACUAAAUACAUGUUUUCUAUUGCUAUUCAUAAUGUAUUGCAAGAGGGAAACCACUCUAUUGUUUGAAUAGGGUUUAUGUUAAGAACUAAAUCCAGGUCUGUGUGGCAAACAGAUCAAGUGCCCAGUGUGUCUUAGAGCCUCUUUGUAUGUCAAAGGGACAUGCUGUGUGGUGCAUUUUGCUGCUCUUCUGAACAAGAGUGCAAUGCACUCCCCACUAGCAGUUCCUACUGACCAGGGCUGGCGCUUCCAUUUAGGCUACCUAGGCGCCUAGGGCGCCAGGAUUUGGGAGGGCGGCAGACUGCUUCAGUGGACCUCCCGCAGGUGUGCUUGUGGAGGGUCCGCUGGUCCUGCGGCUCCGGUGGAGCAUCCGCAGGCACACCUGAGGUAGGUCCACUGGAGCUGCAGGACCAGCAGACCAUCCGCAGGAACACCUGCGGGAGGUCCACCGGAGCCGCAGGACCAGCGAGCCAGCCCUGUGCCUAGGGGGCCAAAAACCCUGGCGCCACUCCUACUAACUGACUGUAGCAAAAUAAUUGCUUCUUGGCAGAUUAGACAUAGUCCCUAAGCUUCAGACCACAGCACACUAAGAGAAAGGGUGAAGCCCAGCAGCUGAACUGUGGAUGGAUUCUGCCCAGCUGCGUGCACUGAAGACUGAGACUUCCUAUGUCCUCUUUAUCCCCUUGCACACCAUCCCCCAGCACUGGUCAGAGCUGAACCCUGUGUGUGUUUAAAGUGCUUACUGAUUUAAUGUCCUCAUGUAGAGAGGCUACUGUGCACAUGCAGCAGCUCAAUUUAGAAUCAAAUGCUGUGUGUGUUAGCUGGUCUAAUAUAUUUUCAAAACUCCAGCAAGUUAUUAGGCCAUUACUGAUAAAUCAUUUUUAAUUAUCCAAUUAUUUGGGAGUUAUCGAAGCUCAUGGAAGGAUAAGAAAAUAUUUACCCAAAGUCAAAGCUUUAGUGAAUGUAUAAUUUCAAAAUGGCCAAAUCAUUUUUGAAGAAAAUUCACCCAUGGGCUAAGGUACUGAAAUGUCUGGCACUUAAGAGUAUAUUGUAUGUACCUGCAGAACUUGAGUUGGGAUUUCUGGUCAAAUAUGUUCAACCUUUCAUUGCUAUGCACUUGAAUACAGCUGAACUUUCAAAGUGAGUGUGACCCUGGAGAGUAUUGUUGGGUCUCAGAUAUGUCGGUGUUUUGUGGGAUUAUGAAUCUAGUUUUCUGAGUGACUAACGGCAGUUUCUCCUUGGGAAGGACAAGGAAGCCAUGUGCAGUACCUAAUUCUGAUUUAUCUGCAGCCAGUAGCAGGAUGUUUUCUUUCAAUAUAGUCCCCAAACGCUCAGCAAAUGAAACUAGCUGGGAGAAUAAAGGUUUUUAACUGACUCAAAAAGUGUUUUAACUCUGAUUUCUCCCACCAAAAAACAACUAAAACUCUCUGGAGAGAUUUUUCUCUUUAAUGUUAACUAAUUCGUUGUUUUACCGUGAUAUUUACAGGCAGAUAUUGCUCCAGGAAAAUAUCAGAUGGCCACCACUGUUGCUAAACAAAUUGUGCUUGAUUUAACCACUUGGUGUCUUAAAAACAAAAAAAACAAAAAAAAAACCUCUGGAGGAGUAAAAGAAUCAAAGUGAUUAAGGAAGCUCCAUAAGGCUAAAUGAAAUGUGCCAUUUGUUCUCUAUCUGUAAACAGCAAAGAAUCAAAUAAGCAAUUGAGUUUUUAUAAAUUUUCUAUCAGUUUGGGUGCAUCUAGAAAGCCUGACAGAUUCAGACUCCUCCAUUCCAAAAGAUGGACUUUACUCAAAUGAUGAAAUUAGUAUGUUUGAUGACCUGAGCAUUAUUGUUAUUAGGUGUCCUUUACAAAACAAAGCAUUGGUACUGAUAAAUUCCUGUGGUUCAGCCAGGGCCAAAUCUCUCUGCCCUUACUCACAUGGGCCCUGAUCCACCAAAAUACUUAUGCUUGUGCCUAACUUUAAGCGUGUGAGGAAUCCUACUGACUUCAAUGAGACUAGUCACAUGUUUAAAAUUAAGUAUAUGCGUAAGUGCUUUGGUGGAUCUGAACCACAAGAUGAAAUUUGCCCCUGUAUAGAGGGCAUGCACACCCCAUCUGGGACUUAAUUAGUGCAUCAGCCUUUUGUGAGCUCACUGCACAAGGGUGAAUUUCACCCAUGAGUUGUUCCAUUGGUUUGAGUAGAAUUUCUCCCAUGGGUCAGAUAUACAGAAUUUAGCCUCCAGAGUCUUUAGUUAUUAGCGACUUGGGGGAAAGGAUGGGGAAAGGGAAAAGGGUUUUUAAGUAGAUUAAAAGAUGAAAAUGAAAUAAAGUGAAAAAUAACUUUGGGAUUAUUUUUAUACCUACUGUAAUUAAGCUGCCCACUUAAAAUAAUAGCACCACGGUGUCUGUAACAGCAUAUUAAAUACUUUACCUUGUUCAACUAAUUAAUGAAUAUACUUUUGUGUUUAGUGAAAAUUAGAGUUGUGCUCAGAAAAUUCUAAAAUCAAAUUUUGUCAGUCUGAUUUUAGUUUACUAUAUCUGAAAAGAAAACUUAUUUUCUCUGUGUUCAUAAGGCAUGUCAGAUUACAAACAAUAGGUCAAUUAUUUAUACUGAAAUAGUUUUCUUGGGGUGCAAUAUUUAUUUUUCUGCUUCAACAAGACACGUUUAUUGUUUAUCAUGCACAGCACUGAAGUUUUUAUUAGAAAGAAUUGAAAAGGGGCACUAUUUUUGUGUAUCAUAUUAUUUAAAUUUGUAACAUUGUAAGACCUUGCACAAGUGUGCUAGUAUUGUACUGUAUAGUAUCACAUACUUGAGUUUUGAAAUAAAAAUAUGGUUUCAAAGUC